GCAAAUCCAAGAAGCAUGAGCUCGCGCCCAGACGGCUGGAAGCACCUUGGCCGGUCGGCGAACGAGGGCCAGGAGCGCCGGCGGCAAGACGCGAUCGCCCGGCAGCGCCAGGCCCGGCGGGACCUCACCAUGCAUGUCCGCGAGAUGGCGAUCCCGAGCGUUGGGGCCGACCUCGAGGACAUCACGGCGGGCUUGGACAUGGACAUCGAGGUGUCGUCGGCCAAGAGCCGCAAGAAGACGCGCGAGGACCGCGUGAAGGGCCGACGAUCGAUCUAUAGCAACCAGCUCAUGCACCCUGAGUGGAUGGUGGACAUUCCGAAUGCGCUCAAUGGCACGCACGCUGGCAACGGCGAAGGCUGGCUCGUCUUGCCGCGCCCGGACGGCAAGCGCUGCCUCGUGAUCGCAGCCAAUGGCACGACCAUUGCGCGGACGCACAGCGGAAGCGUACUCAAGAAGUUUCCGUCGGCGUUGCCCAGCGGCUCGCGCAAGACGAAAUAUGGCGCCGACCAGUAUUGCGUUCUCGACUGCAUCUUCAACGACGUCGACGGAACCUUUUACAUUCUCGACGUCAUGUGCUGGAAGGGCUACCUCUUGUACGACUGCACGGCCGAGUUUCGUUUCUACUGGCUUCAAGACAAACUCUCCGAGACGUCGGCGGUGAGUAUCUCGUCGGCCAAUCCAUUCGCUUUUCAGCCGAUUCCGUAUUUUGACUGCACGCCCGAGGGACUCUCAACUGCGUACCACGGCGCUUUCUCGUUCUCCAAGGACGGUCUUCUCUUCUACUGCAAAGCCGGUGUCUACACGCUCGGGCUCUCGCCGCUCGUGCUGCUCUGGAAGGACGCUACCACGAGUCCAUACCCGAGCCAGCUCACGAUUGUACUCACGGUCACCGAGACGUUUGCAUGUGAAACGAUCGAAGGACAUGUGCUCACGACGCUGUCCCCCGAGACCAUGACGGGUCAUGAGAUUGUGGCGGGCGACCUCGUGCGGUGCUCGAUCGAGUCGCUGGCAUGGACGAUUGCGGAUGACAGCACCGUGGUGGUUGAUGCGACUGGCGUUCAUUUUCAGAAACGCUGUUCGGCCCAGCGCGGGAUCGCCGACAGCUGGACCAAGAUUGCCCACAUUCUCAGCACCACGUGCUCGAUUCACAACCUCUUGGAGGCGACGGCCGAUGUCGCCAUGGACAUGGAAGGCUGAGUGCUGUACUUUUGAGUCGACUCUUGCGGCACCUGCCAUUGGCAUGUGAACGAGUGACGCGCCAGGGUAGUGUGUCGUAUCCUCCUCGUCGAUAUACAACCCACCUCGUCAUUUGCUUGAAACACGUGUCCGUUGAGCUCGUA